GACGUUUUUGGGGAGAAAAAAGGCCCUCCUGUGCGUCCCCCUAAAAACGCCCCUGUGGCUUGCGGAACCAAUUAAAUCCCCUCUGGCUGCGUGCAUGCCAACAUGAACACCGACAUAAACACGCUUCAUUGACCCUCGCCGUGACGAUCUCCGGUUCGCGUUGAGAGGCUGGAGUGCAAAUGGCAGAGCAAGAGGAGCAGCAGAUAACAGCGCUGGACACGCCGGUGCCUGGUCCGUCGGACACGGGGCGAGCAGUGGCUCUUGCCCGGCUAUUGCACCACGAAUGUAGUCGUCUGCUCCAGCUAUUCAAAGAAAGGGAGACCUUCUUGUCGGACACCACCCCUGAUGGAGGACGCUUGGUGUCCCCGUCCCCAGACUCGGAGGAGCCUAGCACGGAGCAGCAGGUGCGGUUGCUGCACUCAGCUCUGCGGCAGUGCCUGGGGCUGAUCCACUGUGUCAUCCUGAAGGAAGAGGAGGAGUGGGGUGAGCUGGAGGGCGACUACGAGACCAUGAGGAAGAGCGUCCGACUCCGCCUGGAGCACCUGCUCUUCAGCACCAAAAGUCUAGUGGAGACCGAGAACAUGACCCUGGAAGUCACCCCAGACCAUCAGUGCAAUGAGGAAACUGAUGGCGCUGGGGGAGCUUUCGGGCUCAAAAUGUGGACCUAUCGAGUGCUGCUGGAGCUAGUCCACUGGUCUGACCAUGCUGCGCAGACCCUCCAUGUCUUACACACAGAGAGGGAAGGAACACAAGAGAUCUGAUUUUCUUAGUCUCAAUCCAACAACGUCUAUGAAUGAACUCACUCAACACUAACAGCCAGCUUUCCCUUUCAUGUAUUCCAAAUUGAAUAUUAAGCAGUGUGGGAUAUACUCUGUGAACACUAGAGGUUAUAAAAUGUGCUGCUUAACUAAAAUCACAACUAAGCUCCUUUAACAAAGCCCUGUAGACAGCUUUUCCCAGACGUUGGUAUUUCCACAGCAAGUGCUAAAAUGACCUCUAGUUUGCCUUGGUUGCUAUUUCCUUUGACAAAGAAGUGAGUGCAGACCUUUAACUGUAUAAAGGUUGGUUUGCUUUGUGAAGUGGCAGAGUUAGACUGUUUGAAAAUGUAUUUUUUUUUUGUAUACAGUGUGUAAUUUAUUUUUAUUUAAGUGGAUUUGCCUUUGAUGACUAAUUAUCUGCUGUUCCUAACACUCCAGUAUCUAAGAAAUGCUAGAAUGUAGCCAAAAACACUCAACUGAUAAACUGUGACUGAUGUGCAGCUGAAUCUGUAGCCAUUAGCUAUUUUAAUAGAUCACUGAGCUUUUAAUGUCACACCUUAUUAACAUAUCUAAUCUAGAUAAUUCCAUAUCAGAUCUCGUGUUGUCAUGUAUAGACUGAAUGCUUGUAUUGUUUAUGGUUCGGCACAAUCUGUGAUGAUCAAGUGUCAUGUUUGCUGCUCUGGUCACCAAGUUCUCUCCUGAUGUUAUACUUGAAUAUGCUGCUGCACCGUUCACAAGUUUGAACUGUAAAUACAGUCGUUCUCAAAUCUUUUCUGUCAUGCCCCUCUUAGGAAAGACAGAGGAAGUUUGAGAACCACUGUGGUAGAUUUUUAGUUUACAGUAGGAAUGUACUGUCUUGCCAAAUGUAUCAAACACACUGCACUCAUGACAAGCCCUUUAACAUUUCAUCAGUAGCUUUUACAGCAAUUGUAGAAAUCGUCAUUUGCUUUUUCACUAGUUAGACCUCCAAACCAACAUAUCCUUAAUGUGACUUUGACUAGUAGCAAUUUCAGUUCUCACCAGUCAAAAUGUCAAUUCUUGAUUCUUAGUUAAAAUGAUCACUGUAGUUAUCUGUUAUUUAAUUACAACUAAUCAGCUUUUACCAUUGACUUCUAUUCAAAGUCAUUUACAGAUGAUUAAAAUUGUAAAAGGUUAAAAUUCCAAGUUGACAUAUUCAUAAUAUACUUUUCCGCAAUGUAAUUUUGACUAGUAGCAAGUCCAAUUCUCACUAGUCAAAAUGUUAAUUCUUGAUAUCAAUGAUUAAUUUAUUAGUGGAAAUGAUCAUUACAACAAGUCAAAUUUUACCAUUGACUUCCAUUCAAACUCAAUUGCAGAUAUUUAUAAUUAAAAUUUUAACAGGUAAAAAUUCCACGUUGACAUACCAAUAAUCUAAUUUUGACUCGUAGCAAUUCCAAUUAAAGAUAUCUACAAAUCAUUUCUCACUUGUCAAAAUGUUAAUUCUUGAUAAUUCUUGAUUCUUUGUUCAAGAGAUCAUUGUCGUUAUCUGUAACUUAAUUACAACUACUCAGCUUCUACCAUUGAUUUCUAUUCAAAGUCAUUUACAGAUAUCUAUAAUUAAAAUUUUGACAGUUAGCAGUUCUAAUUAAAGAUAUCUACAGUUCAUUUGUCACUAGUCAAAAUGUUAAUUCUUGAUACCAAUGAUUCAUUUAUUAGUGGAAAUGAUCAUUGUAGAUAUCUGUAACUUAAUGACAACAAGUCAACUUUUACCAUUGACUUCCAUUCAAACUCAAUUACAUAUCUAUAUAUAUAAUUCAGUUUUGACGCGUUAAAAUUCAAAGAAGCCAUAUCCAUAGUGUAAUUUUGGCUUGUCAGAAUUGAAUUUUAAGAUGUCUAAAAUUCCAUAUAUAUCUGUAAUAUAGGAACAAUGUACAUUUCAGCUACUAAGAAUAUAAUUGUUAAUAUCAAUAAUUAACAUUUUGACUAGUGAGAAUUGAGUUGCAGAUAUCAUUAAUUAGAAGUGCACCCAGUCAAAAUAAUAUUAUGGAUAUGUCAACUUGGCACUGUAACACGUCAAAGUUGAAUUGUAGAUAUCUUCAAUUGAGUUUUAAUAGAAGUCAAUGGAAAAAGUUGACUAGUUGUAAUUAAGGUACAAAUAUCUCUCGUGAACAUUCACGUGAGAAAUGAGUUGUAGAUAUUUUUAAAUUGCAACUAAUUAAAGUUGGAUUAUUUAUGUCAGCUUGGAAUUGUAACUAGUGUAAAAUUACAUUUGUCCUAGUAACAGUUUUAUCUGCAAUGUGUACAAUUCCUUCUUAUAACUAGGCAGAAUUGAAUUUUAGAAAUCAAAGAAGUGCGACCACAUCAAUAUGCGAAUUUAACAGCUGACCAAUGGCUUUGUGCUACUUAAAUGAUAUGAUGUCCACAUAUUUGAAAUGGUUUGUUGAUAUGCCAGACAUAUCAGAAAUACAUUUGUUGACAUCUGGAAUGAUAAAUUACAUUUCCACUAGUGGGAAAUUAAUUAUAAAUAUCUGCAAUUGUUAUUUUUACUGGUGAAAACUGAGUUACUGAUAUCUAUGAUUAAAUUAAAUUAUUAAGAUAUCUGUAUAUCACUUUUAACUAAAUGUAAUUUCUACUUGUUUAAAUAUGUUUUUAACAUUGUUAAAAUUGUUUUACAGAUAUCUUCGACUAACAUAUUAACUAGUCAAAAUGACAUUUUGACAUGUUCAAAUAUCAUCUCCACAAGUGAAAACUAAAUAGCUCCUCGUCAGUCCUGCUGAUGAAACAUUAAAGGGCUUGCCAUGCUGCACCACAACAACUUCAUGGUAGCGUUCAAUGCCUGACGCAGCAUAGACUGACUGAGUGAAUGAACUGUGACUUCCAGACUUGUUGGUAUGGUGGAUUUCUUACUGCCGUGUUUUCUUUUAUCUCCGUGAUGAAUAACUGGAUGUGCAUUAAAGAUUAUAACAGUCGUAACCCUUGUGUUUUGUUCACAUUAGCUUUUUUACACUCCACUGCUGCCUGUGUGUAAUGAUUACAUCAUUUCUUUGUAAUUAUUUGGUGUCACUUUAAUUUAGAUAUCCCUAAUUCCCUAGCUGUGAAAUUAUAUAUAGCCUACUGUUUAUUGCAGGGACAAUUAAGGCAGGAUUUUUAUGGUCUCCUUUUGUCUUCCAAAAUGUCCUUCUUGGACAAAGAAAUCUGUGUUAUACUAUAUUCUGCAGAGUGAUUCUGCUUAUCUUUAGGGUCAGGUUGCAUUCAGUUAAAACUUAUCAUAUUAGCACAUAAUUUUGGGGUUUUGGGAAGUUGUCCUGCACCCAAAACUAAGUCAACACUAAUCAUAUACAGAACAUAUGAAUAUCCAUUGUAUUUAGCCAUGUUUUACACAGUGGUGAAAAGUAACUAAGUGCAUUUACUCAAGUACUUUAGUUGAGUAUUUCCAUUUGAUGCUUCUUUAUAUUUGUUU